GUUCUUGCUUUACGUUCUGUAAGUUUUUAAAAACUCUGUCCAAAUAUCUUCCUCAGGAUUUCAGCGUUGCCAUCUACAAACAUCUCUAUGAUCUGAAGGAAAACCUGAUGUGGAUUUCCACAGAUAGACUGGACCUGAAGCUGCUUGGUUGUGACAUUGAUGCUGACCUGAUUCGAAGAGCCACUGAAUCCAAUUCCUUUCCUGAAUCCAUUUCAUAUGUUACUUUGGAUGUUAUGGACUCUGCUUCCCGCGAGGCUAUAUUAAAACCUUACUUGGACAAAUUCCACCAUACUACUUUUGAUAUUUGCUUUUGUAUGUCUGUGACAAUGUGGAUCCAUCUCAAUCACGGUGACCAAGGGCUACUGGAUUUUCUCCUGUGUGUAUCAGGACUUUGCAAGGCUUUACUGAUUGAACCACAACCCUGGAAGUGCUACCGAGCUGCGGCCCGUAGGUUGCGCAAGCUGGGCAAAAGCAGAUUUAACCACUUCAGCACACUCUCUAUUAAAGGGGACGUGGCCCAGAAGAUUCAGCAGUUCCUGAUAACUGAUUGCAAGAUGGAACUAGUCCGGUGUUUUGGGAGCACCAACUGGGACAGGAGUUUAUUGCUUUUUAAAAAACGGUCCUUGAGCCAAGAAUGAAUAAGCUAAAUAUUUCUAGUGUAGUCAUCAGUUAGUCACAAAGCAUUUUAUUUUGCAAUCAAAAUUAAAAUCUUUUAUCAAGCUA